AUGGCUCCAAACGUGGUCGGGGACGGCCUCAAGGCUGCUCUGAGCCCCAGUGCGAUUAUCUACCUUGCUGGUCUUUGGAUUGCCUAUUAUGUCGCCCUUGCCCUGUACAACAUCUCACCUUUUCACCCCCUGGCACGAUUCCCAGGUCCCAAAAUCGCUGCUGCAACCUAUCUGUACGAAGCUUAUUACGACUGGUGGCUACUUGGAAGAUAUGGCAAGGUCAUUGCUCGAAUGCACGAACGUUACGGGCCCAUUGUCAGAAUCAACCCUGACGAGCUUCAUGUUUCUGACCCUCACUUCACUGACGAGAUCUAUGCCGGUCCGGGCCGCAUCCGUGAUAAGUGGCAACAUCAGCUGAACACCGGCGGUGCCGGCCCUGUGUCGGUCACUGGCUUCUCCACCGUCAACCAUGAAGUCCACCGCAUGCGCAAGGGUGCCUUGUCGAGGUUCUUCUCGCGCCAACAAAUGCUCAAGCUCGAGGGCGAGGUACAGGAGUUCGCGCAGCUCACCGUUGACAAGAUGCUCCGCUCAGCCAGCAAGGGACCUUUUGACGUCAAGGAAGCCUUCAACUGCUUCACUGCGGAUAUCAUUUCACAGUAUGCAUUUGGCGAGCCCAUGGGUUUCAUCGCUCAGGAUGGUUGGGAGCCCAACUUUGCUACCUGGGUCAAGUCUUUCUUCAAGAGCGCGUACAUGAUGAGACACAACGCCCUUGGCAGAAAGUUGGCGCAGGUGAUGCCCAUGAUGGCUGACUACCUGGGUGAGGACAUAAAAUCUGUCAUGAGGCAGAUGAACGUGGUAAUUCCCGGGUAUAUCAAGGCGGCUUUGAACAACCCUGAGAAUGGAAGAGUCUUUUCAGAUCUUAUGGAGUCGAAAACACUUCCCGAAGAGGAGAAGUCGCUGUACCGACUUUCUGGAGAAGGAUUCAACUUCCUGCUAGCUGGCACCGAAACUACCGCUGCCACACUGACUGUCAUCACCUACUACCUUCUCGCUCAACCCAAGACCUAUGCACGCCUAAUGGAGGAUUUGCAGGGUCUUAAUCCCUCCAACCUCAAGUGGACUGAGCUUGAACAGAAGCCAUAUCUCUGGGCUGUGAUUCACGAGUCCCUGCGCAUGAUGCCUGGAGUCUCGCACAGAUCGGCAAGAGUUGCUCGCGAAGAAGAGCUUGUCUACAAGACCCGUGAUGGCGUAAAGGAAUGGGUCAUUCCUCGCGGGACCCCUGUUGGUAUGACGUCGAUGAUAAACCACUGGGACAAGGAACUGUUCCCUAAUCCCGACGAGUUUAUUCCUGAGCGCUGGUUAGUUGAUGGACAGCCAAACUACAAGCUGCAGAAAUUUUUACUUGCCUUCGGCAAGGGAAGCAGGUCUUGUAUUGGCGAGAAUUUGGCCUACUGUGAGGUAUAUCAUAUGGCGGCCCUGAUGGCCAUGCGCGUUAUUCCUAGGUCGCGUUUAUUUGAGACUACGGUGGAGGAUAUCUCUUAUGACCAUGAUCUUAUCGUGGUCCAAACUAAGAAGGGCUCCAUUUCGGUCAAGAUCCAGAUAUCUUAA